AUGGCAUCUCGGAGAGACUGGAUUCGACCAUUUUCUUCUAUCUCCGUCAACACGCACACGACAAACCGCUCUUUCCCAACUUGCGCAAGCUAGAAUGGGACCAUGCCACCCCUGACCUAGCCAUGGUCAUCUCACCAACCAUCCGUGUUCUCCGGCUUUCAGAGCGCGGCCACUCUGAUGGCGAAGAGCUCGAGUAUUGCAGGCAGCGCCACGCAUUCAAGACGCAGCUCCCGAGCGUACUUCGCAGCCUCCUGAACGUGCAAACGCUGGAGCUACUACGACUCGGCCAUGAAGGCUUCUGGCAUCCAUUCGCGCCAGGUCCGGAUCACCAGUUCGUCGCUCAAAAUAUUUCCGUGCUGCACAUAUCGGAGCCGUAUAGCGCUUUGAUGAAAGGUGCCCUUGCGUCUGUGUCGACGAUCCAGACACUUACGCAUCUGAGGAUCGAAGUCGUGCUCUCGAGCCGCACGGGUUGGGACAAGACGCGUAUCCGCACAUUUGCAAGACUACGGCGCCUGCAGAUUGAGGCGAACAUGGGACAGUCCGCAGUCAUUCUCGAUGCUAUCGUCGCACCCAACCUAGUGGACGUCGAGGUGAAGCGUGAUAGCGAGAGUGAUCCUUGCAAGUACCCAUUCACGCUUCCGGAGGCCUGGAGCCACUGGGUAACCGGAAUGCGUCGUCCCUACGGAGGCUCUACCUCGGCUUGCAAUACUACUACAUACCCGAGUGGUCUCGAGGAGACGUGCGGGCACGGAACCGAUGUUCCUCACCCUGACGAAGCCAUUGCUCCAGCUUCGCCAGCUCCGGGAGCUCACAUCUACGUCUACCCUGGCAGAAACCGUGGUCCUAUCGACAUACCUCUGCCUUCUAUGUUGGCAGCGUGGCCGAUGCUGCGGAUCCUCGUCGUGGAGGUGGCCAUCUUCACACCCGAAGCGCUUCGAGCGGUCGUGCACGCUUGCCCUCAGCUGAAGAGCCUGACUGGCAAGUGCCUGUCGGAUGACUUCCUGAAGCUGCCCCCUCUGCCGGCGGCGUCCGACCAGCGCGGCGGCUCUCGUGGCGCCGUGUCCGACUCUGCGGGGCAUGGGCUUCUUCAGCUACGCUUCUUCAGUGCCACCAAAGUAGAUGAUCCUGCGGACAUCUCGAAGAUCGCACACUUCCUGGACGAGCUGUUCCCUCAACUUUGCGUCGGGGUGUGUGUGGAUAAAAACUCCUACGUAUUCGAGAAUCAGGAGAAUUGGAAACCCAUCCUGCUAAAGAUAGAGGAGAUCUCAAGUCGUACGUGCUAGUGUUCUUGUUCGAUGCCUCCUGCUCUUCGUAGUUUGCUCAAUAUGGACAAGGUGACGUAUUCGUAAAACGAUAGUAGUGGUCUACCAUUCACAUUGUCUUCUGUGUUCGGCACGGUUGCUGAGUACUGUACGACCGCUUACCAGUUCAAGCUUUGGUAUUUGAGGUUCGAAAACGGUACAUAGUACUUACCGUACUACGAGUCACCGAUCGCAUCGUUCAGCUGCUUGAUAGUCGCACUCAUCGUCUCAAUAUGGAAUCAUCUCAUUCUAAAGUGACUAUGUGAACACU